CUUACCCCGAGUCCCAGGCUCAACCAUGGCAUCUCGUGAUAUCGAGAAGGACGCCGUGUCGGUGAAGGGCGGUACUACGGUCGACGAUUCUCAUUCGAAGCAGGAGCUGCACCACCAGUCGACCCGUCGAGGCGUCGCAACCGUCGUCGGCGCGUUUCUCAUCAUGUUCUCGAGCUUCGGCCAAGCAAACGCCUUUGGGAGUUAUCAGUCGUGGUACUCGCAGAAUCAGCUUGCGUCCUAUUCCCCAUCCAAAAUCUCUCUCAUCGGCUCUCUUCAGCUCUGGGUCUUCUUCGCCUUCGGUGGUCUUGUUGGCCGGCUCUUCGAUGCCUACGGGCCCACUUCGCUCAUUUCGUCAGGAAGCCUCAUAUUGACCCUGAGCCUUAUGUUGACUUCGAUUUCCUACGAAUACUGGCACUUCAUCGUUGCGCAGGGUUUGAUCUACGGAAUAGGAUUCGCACUUCUUUUCUUUCCCGCCGCAAGUGCGACGGCGACUCAUUUCAAGAAAUACAAGGCGACAGCGCUCGGAAUUGUCAUGGCUGGGUCCAGUGUUGGCGGCGUCAUAUUCCCGAUCAUGCUCCAGCGUAUGUUCAACGAGCUUGGUUUUGCAUGGGCGGUGCGUGUGUCGGGCUUCAUCUGCCUGGCAUGCGGCAUUGUUGGGACGGUGACAGUCAGCAGUAAUCUAGACCGCAAAGACCCGGGUCCUUGGAUCGACAAGACCACGCUCCGGGAUGCGACGUUUAUUCUUCUACUCGGUGGUAGUGCUCUGUGCACUCUUGGUGCCUUCGUGCCGCUUUACUAUCUCGCCCCAUACGCUGAGAGCAUAUCUAUUCCCCAACCUCGCGCCUAUGACAUGCUCUCGAUCUUGAACGCGUGCGGCUUCUUGGGGCGAAUUGUACCUUCUCUCAUGGCAGACUACCUUGGGCGCUUUAACGUUCUCAUUCCCUCCACUGUCGUCGCGAGCAUCCUCUCCUUUACGUUAUGGCUUAAAAGCUACGACGCAUCGAUGUUAUUGACCUACUCCGUCCUCUACGGCUUUUUCUCAGGCCCAUACUUCGGAUUCCAGGUCGCCUGCGUCGCACAGAUCUCGCGACCGGACCGUAUUGGAGCUCGGGUGGGGAUGUUAUACACAGGCUGCUCACUUUUCGCACUGGCAGGUGGCCCCAUCGCCGGCGCAAUCUUGUCUUGGCAGCAUGGUCAGUAUAGCGGGUUGAUUUACUUUUCGGCGGCGACUUUCUUGGCUGGGGCGGUGCUGUACGCAUGUGUACGAUUGAGAUUGAGCCUCACACUUCUUGAUAAAGUUUGAUGUGGUCCUGUAAUACUAUCAACCAUGCGUUGUUUCAGCUAGUUAUCUUAUCUCAUUGCUUAGUUUCUAGAUACUCAUGUAGCUCUGAUCCAUUCUGACCUCCCGCGGCUGCACUGCGUGCGAUUACGGAGGUUCUCACCAAUAUUUAUUUUGUAGCCUUGAUCCAUUCUGACCUUUCGUCCCGAGCUCCUCACGAUUACAAACGUUCGCAUCUUAUCCUUGAUUCUCAUAGAAGGUAGUCGCUUCAUACUGUACUGGAAAUAGGUGAUGUGACAC